AUUUUCUCUCAAUAAAAACACAAAAUAUCAUUACAUAAAUAAAUAACCUAAAAAAUGUCAAUAUUGCGUAUCUACAUAAAAGGGAAGAAUGUAAAUUGUAUAUACCUAGAAAAAUAAUAACAUUGAAGUAUUAUAAAAAAAUGUCAAUAUUGCACCCUACUCUAUAAAUACAACAUUGAAACAUCCCUCCAAAGAGGAAACACCACAUAGAAAUGGGAAGUGUCGCAGUGGAGUCCUCGCCGCCGACGGCCGUCAAGAAACCAUUCGAGGAAGAAAACGAAGGGAAGGACGACGAAGAAUCUCCGAUCGAAGAGGUCCGGUUAACCGUUCCGACCACCGACGACCCGACUCAAUAUCUAUGGACCUUCCGAAUGUGGGUGUUGGGUCUAAUUUCAUGCGUUCUCCUCUCGUUUCUAAACCAGUUCUUUUCGUACCGGACAUCGCCGUUGGUAAUAACUCAGAUCACCGUUCAGGUAGCCACGCUUCCUAUAGGGCGGUUUAUGGCGGCAGUCCUCCCCACUACCAAGUUCAGCCUGAAACUACCGGGAUGUAAAUCCCGGAAGUUUUCACUGAAUCCGGGACCAUUUAACAUGAAAGAGCAUGUAUUGAUUACGAUAUUUGCUAAUGCCGGCAGCGCUUUUGGCAAUGGAUCGGCGUACGCCGUCGGAAUCGUGAAUAUCAUAAAGGUGUUUUAUUUCCGGAAUAUCACUUUCGUUGCAGCUUGGCUCCUCAUCAUCACUACCCAGGUUUUGGGGUAUGGGUGGGCCGGGCUCUUAAGGAAAUACGUAGUUGAACCGUCGCACAUGUGGUGGCCCAGCACCCUCGUUCAGAUCUCCUUGUUCCGUGCACUUCAUGCUAAAGAAGACGAUGAUGACGAAGACCCUAACAGCGACAACAAAAAACGCAUGUCACGACCAAAAUUCUUUGUGAUCGUUCUUGCAUGCAGUUUUUGUUAUUACUUAUUUCCCGGAUACUUAUUUCAAACCCUACAAAGCAUUUCAUGGGUAUGUUGGGCUUUUCCUAAAUCGGUAACGGCCCAUCAACUCGGGUCGGGCUUUUCAGGCUUGGGCAUCGGAGCUUUUUCACUUGAUUGGGCAACAACGGCUUCUUUCUUAUUUAGCCCUCUCAUUUCUCCUUUCUUUGCUAUAGUCAAUGUUUUCUUGGGCUAUUUCAUGAUAAUGUACAUGGUGAUGCCGAUAUCGUAUUGGGGACUAAAUGUGUACAAUGCCAAAAACUUUCCGAUUUACUCGAAUGAUUUGUUUACGGGGGAUGGGCAGCUGUAUGAUAUCACAAAGAUUGUGGAUAACAAGUUUGAGAUAGAUUAUGGAGAGUAUGCAAAGCAAGGGAGGGUUAAUUUGAGCACAUUUUUCGCUUUGACAUAUGGUUUUGGAUUUGCUACAAUUGCAUCUACGAUUACUCAUGUUGGUCUUUUCUACGGGAAGGAGAUAUAUCAACGUUACAAAGCAUCAACGGAGGGUAAGGUUGAUGUACACACAAGAUUAAUGAGGAAGUACAAAGACAUACCGUCAUGGUGGUUUUACGUGCUUCUUACGAUAACUCUCAUGAUUAGCCUUGCGCUCACCAUUUUCAUGAAAGAUCAAAUACAAAUGCCGUAUUGGGGAUUAAUAUUUGCUGCUUUCAUCGCUUUCUCUUUCACCCUCCCCAUUAGUAUCAUCACUGCAACAACAAACCAGACACCAGGUUUAAACAUUAUAACGGAGUAUGCCAUGGGGUUGAUCUACCCGGGAAAACCCAUAGCCAAUGUGUGCUUCAAGACCUAUGGUUACAUGAGCAUGACUCAAGCCAUCUCCUUUUUAAGUGAUUUUAAGCUUGGACAUUACAUGAAGAUCCCACCACGAUCCAUGUUCCUGGUUCAGUUUCUUGGAACAAUAAUAGCUGGAACCGUAAAUUUAAGCGUUGCGUGGUACCUUUUAAACAAUAUAGAGGACAUGUGUCACCCUGACCCUAAGUCCAAUAGCCCAUGGACAUGUCCAUAUGACCAUGUAUUUUUCGAUGCAUCCGUCAUUUGGGGCUUAGUUGGGCCAAAAAGAAUCUUCGGGUCUCUAGGGAACUACGGAGCCCUAAAUUGGUUCUUUCUAGGUGGGUUUGUGGGCCCAAUCAUAGUAUGGUUAUGUCACAAAGCAUUCCCGAAGGUAUCUUGGAUUCCUCUCAUUAACCUCCCGGUGCUCCUUGGUGCCACCGCCUAUAUGCCGCCAGCUGCUGCCGUGAACUACAAUUCGUGGAUAUUAGUGGGGACGAUUUUCAAUUUUUUCGUGUUUAGGUACCGGAAAAUGUGGUGGAAGAGGUACAAUUAUAUCCUCUCGGCGGCCCUUGAUGCCGGAGUUGCAUUCAUGGCGGUUUUAUUGUACUUUACGACUGGGUUAGAGAACAUAAGUGUAAAUUGGUGGGGCACUAAUAACCCGGAACAUUGUGAUCUUGCCACCUGUCCAACGGCAAGGAAUAUAACAGUUGAUGGGUGUCCUAUAUUUUGAUUAUUUUUCCUUGUAUCAUCGUUUGCACACAUAAAAAACUCUAUGAGAAUUGUGUUUUUUUAAUCUA